GGUGGGGCCGGGGCAGGACCGGUCGACCGGUGUCCGUCCGCGACCGGGACCGGGACGAAGACCGACGGCCUUGCCGGGAGGACGGGCUUCCCCCCCAACUCCAAGGAUCUCGCGGCCGCCCGGGGACACCCCCCGCCUCUCGCGGCUUGGCACCCUGAAGCGCGCAGAGGCCGCCGCCGGGAUCGACGGGUCGCCCCGGGUCCACCCCGAUCGCGGGAACGAGCUCCGAGUCCCAGUUCCACUUGCGUAGGCCGAGGGCCAAGAAUUUGGAUCCGCCAUGGACGACCUGUCGGCAGAAGAGAUCCAGCUGAGGGCUCAUCAGGUGACGGAUGAGUCGCUGGAAAGUACUAGAAGAAUCCUGGGACUGGCCAUUGAGUCCCAGGAUACGGGGAUCAAGACCAUCACUAUGCUGGAUGAGCAAGGGGAAAAACUGAACCGCAUCGAAGAAGGCAUGGACCAGAUCAACAAAGACAUGAGGGAGGCCGAGAAGACCCUGACGGAGCUCAACAAAUGUUGUGGCCUUUGCGUCUGCCCGUGCAACAGGACCCAGAGUUUUGAGUCCAACAAAGCCUAUAAGGCCACCUGGGGCGAUGGUGGGGACAACGCCGCCGACGUGGUGUCCAAGCAGCCGGGCCGGGCGACGAACGGACAGCCGCAGCAGCCGGGCGCCGGCGGCGGAUACAUCAAACGAAUAACCAAUGAUGCCCGAGAGGACGAGAUGGAAGAAAACCUGACCCAGGUGGGCAGUAUCUUGGGGAACCUGAAAAACAUGGCCCUCGACAUGGGCAACGAGAUUGAGUCUCAGAACAAGCAAAUAGAUCGGAUCACCGAAAAGGCCGAGACCAACAAGGAUCGCAUCGAGCUCGCCAACACCAGAGCCAAGAAACUCAUCGACAGCUAAAGGAACCGCCGGCUUCCUCCAUUCUCUCUCCUGUCUCCUCUUCUCAUCUCACCCUUCUCCCAGACCACCACCUUUCAGAGGUUGGGCAUCUUUUUUCCCCCACCCACUCCUCUCCACGCGGUGUGGUGGAUCGGCGCAGUUUCUGCUUUCGGAUUUCUGUCCUUGCCCGGGUGGGGAGAUUGAGCCAAGUAGGGAUUCACCCCAAGAACUUUUCCCACAUCAUCCCGGAGCUGGAAGAGUUGCCGGAGAUCUCUGGGCGGAGGCAUUUGUAAUGCAGCGGGGAGAGAGGUGGGUGAUUGGAGGGGGUUUUUUUGGGGUUCGUUUCCGUUUUUUAAGAAUCCCCUCAGUAACAACUCUGCCGGCCCUGAACCUCGGGGGCCGCUUCAGAGUCGAGGUGGACCAGGCCGCCCCCUCGGUCCGUAAGAUCAGGCGUCCGCCGACUGAUGUUCGAACCUGGCCGUGCCCAGCUCCUGUUUGUGGGAGACCACGGGCUUGCCCCCCGCCCUCCUUUUUCCAGCAUUCUUGGAAGAGAACUUCUUUUCUCCAAGCCUGGCAAAGCUCUCAAGUCUCUCCCUCCCAGGAGCGCUGAGAGAAACCCAUGACUCCCUUUCAUUUUCGUCAUCUCUGACGUGGUCCGGCCGGUCCCCGGUACCACCGAGAGAAGAGAUCUCCAGAAGGAUUCCAGCUCCCUAACUUUAUUUUUAUUAUUAUUAUUUUUUUUUUGACCAAAGCCCCUCAGAACACGGGAGCCUUUCGGGUGGGAUAGAACACACACGGGUUGUACGUCAAACGGUUUCUCUCUGCAGCCGGUUUUAGACGAGUCUCUCGAAACGUAGCGGCUGACGCAGACCCGGCCUCCGAGCCGAGGAUUACGGCCCCCCCCCGACCUCGGGUAACAAAGCGAGGAGCGAGGCCAUUUUGAUCUCUCCACGGCUUCCUCCUUUUCAAGGCCCGUGGGACGGCUCGCUCUGCCACAGGCCCUCCGACCAUCCGGGGUUUGAGGGAAGGCAGAUGUAGUUACCUCUAGGUGAAUGUGACUUGACCGUUGAAGAAAAUGUGACAUUUGCAUUUAUCGUUGUUUUUUUUUCUUCUUCACCUUUUGCUCUUGGAGCUUCUCCAGCUCCUCCUGGUUCUGAGAAUCCUUCACGGUGUCACCCGAGCACCCUGCUUUGUGAGAUGCUGAGCGGUGGCCACGUCAUUUGUCCAGCUGUCCCCUUUAUCCUACCUUCACACCCCAAGGGCGCAUGCCUGGAUUGGUUUCCGACAAGCCAGCGGGUACCACCUCGCCAUUAAAUUUUUUCUAUCCGUAACCAGUGGAGUUGAGUGUUUAAAGUAGGUAAGGGUGGAGAUCCCUGAGGGAGAGAGAUCUUUCCCUUGGGCAUUAGCUGCUCUCUUGUAUAAUGGAGGAGCAACCAUCCGGGUCUUCUAAUAUAUAAACUCUCCAAACUCAUCUGUCUCUGAAGUAUUCACCUCCUCGUCCUUUAUGAGACGAUCCCGGAAGCCCGGAAACGAAGCUAAAUUUUCAGUUUUUUAAUUUACUUUUUUUGGGGGGGAGUGGGCGGGCUGUGCUUUUGGGGUGGUUUUUUUUUUUUUUUGUUUUCCCCCUAAAAAAAAAAAACCUUCCACAAGAGUAGAGUUUAUUUGAAAUUAAGCCGGCUGGCAGGGGGAAAGAGAACGUGUUUGUUUACAAAAACCAUGGGACAUCGCUAAAGAAAGUGCAAUCGAAGCGUGAGCUUUACCGAAGACUGAUAAAGGGAUUGAACAUCUUAAAUGUGAAUAAACCAGUCUUUCAAGGGAA